UUCCUCGACUGACGACCAACGUUCAUUUGUAAUUUGCUCGCGUUUGAGUUAGCAUUUGCAGAAAAAAAAGACAAUAAAAGGAACUUUGUGUUGUGUAUCUCUACUUCUAUCCGUGUGUGUGUCGUUUGUGUGUCGUGCUAUCCAAAAAAUAUCUCCUGAAAUUCAACAAAUAUCUUUGAAAGUAAUUUUAAUUAAAGUUUAAAACAAAAAACUGAAAAUAUUUACAAUCGAACAAAGAGUUGUGAUUUAAAAAAAAACUUAAAAUAAUGUCAGCUUCUGAAACACCUGGGCACGGCUUUACCGAAGAGGAAGUCUCGGAAUUCCGUGAGGCAUUUGCCAUGUACGACAAAAACCGAUCUGGCACAAUUACGACAAAACAGCUUGGAGCAUGCUUCCGUUCAUUAGGACAAAAUCCAACGGAAAGCGAAGUGCAGGAUUACAUAAAUGACGUUGACGGAGCUGAUGGCAAUGGUUUAAUUGAUUUUCCCACAUUUCUCACGAUGAUGGCACACAGAAAUCGCGAUUGUGACACCGUUGAAGAGAUGCGCGAAGCUUUUCGUGUCUUCGAUCGCGAUAACUUGGGAUACAUUCCCGUGAAGGAAAUCCGUUUUGUCAUCUCCAACUUGAACGUGAAACUAACUCAGGCCGAACUGGAAGAGCUCGUUGGUGCUGUUGACAUCGAUGGCAAUGGACAGGUGACGUUCGAGGAGUUUAAGAAGAUGAUCACCCCAAAAUAA